AUGCGACUCAAGUUCGUCAACCAAUUCGCCCACGUUACACGACACUCGGCGCAGAAAUGGCCAUUGGCACCGCUCCAUGCUUCCCUUCUCUAUCGAUGGAAAUUGGUCACCAGUCUGGACAAGUAUCUUCGACCGAGUUGUGAAGCCAACUGCGGCAUGGAUAUCAUGCUUCUGGAGAUUUCUGAACAGGGUAGGAUCUUUGAGCAUUUGGAUUUCGUAUACAUAUGCAAUCGCAUGAUACGCAAUCGGUUAGAUGGUAGUUGGUAGCCCUCCCGGUGCCGGAAACGCCCAGCUACCUGUCUUACGGGACCGGUGGUAAUAGGGGUUGUACGGGUGGGGCAAAUGAGUGGAGGCGUAAAUGGUGUUGGUAGUGUAUGCCUGGAAUUGACGCUCCUGCUAAAGUGAAAGUUUAAGUUUAAUAAGGUGAAAAAUGCAAGAAGGGUACAGAAAUGAGCAUGGUUAAUUAGAACGGUAUGCGUAAUAAAUGCAGCCUUACUCCAGAUUGGAAAGAAUAGCAACUGAAGGUGAGCAACCAACGGGAAGAAGUCAGUGUGUCUUGAGGUCAUUCCGCAGUAUGUGCGAUAGUACUCAAACCGACAGAAUGGACAUGAGAUCACGAAAAUCAAGCAGCGGCACGCAGGACGGCAUAACGCAAAGGGGGUAAGACUUUAAUGCCAAGAAUAUGUUUAAGCGGAAGAAAAAAACCACAAAUAAUAGUUUAUUGCCACUGUGGCCACACUUAGAAUUAAAACUAUGGCAGUAGUUGUGUGCGAUACGUUAGUGGAGAAUCGGUAGACACCCUAUCUGCACGACGGUUGUCCUUUUCGUACACGAUCACGCCGGACUCUGCAGGAGGUCUGGAGUUAAAAGACCCAAGAACGCAGGCAAACGGACAAAACGGAGACCCGCGCCAAUCCGCCUAGGAUGGUAAUGAGAAGCAUAAUGAAUCAUAAUCCGCCUGGGAUAAAUCUUUCGCCAUUUACUAAAGUUUUGCGUGUGGGGGGUGCAAAACGAUGAAUCUAUAUAGGCAUUUUUGCAGCGCCUCGUUCUCGGGGAAGUUAAAGUGAACAAGAAAGUCACCCUGACAGGGCUUCUGCGCGUGCACUCCCAGACAUAUUGAGAACGUAAUCACAGCUACUGAAAUCAUAGUGCCUUAAACUGGAAGUGCCGGAAGGGAUCGCUAACUGGCAGGGCUACCAACUACCAUCCCGCCACGCAAUCUUAUAAAUUAUGUUUUCAAUUUCUAAAAGACUUUCUUAGGUCGUGUUGCCAUGCCGAGUAGCAUGUUGCGAAAUGUUGGGAUAUUAUAGUUGCAACAGGAUGCCAACUUUAGAAUACGUUUCUUUUUGACUACUUGCAAAAACGACAUUUAAUAAGAAUAGCUAUUUAACUCGCAUGUUUUAUUUCUGUUGAUUCUUGAUAACAUUUCAAAUGCGAAUAUAUUUUGACGACGUUUGGUCCACCAGCCCCACACUUUUAAAAAAAAGUUUUAGUUAACAUACCAAACUUAGCCACCUGCUAAAUUAGGAAAGGGAAGAGUGCGCAAGCAGAGCUCAAAGAAUACGCAAAGAAGUGUGUGUGAAUUAAUGCCUGGUGUAACCGAAGGUGGUGUGCACACAUUCACUCGCCGGACUAAGGGGAUAAGAAAAAAGCAUUCACAACUGGGAGUCCAUGGAUGGAACCGCGUGUCAGUUUGCAGCAUCUAUCCACCAUAGGGGAUCCGAUGGAAUUCCAAUCCGUCCAAAAAUGCCAUUAGCAAACGUACUUAACCACUCGCCGGGUUAAGAUAAUAAAGAGGACGCAAGUAGGGUUCGAAACACUCGUAGGGAAGCGCGCGUAAACCGAUACUUGGUAUAACUGGGGCUUGCUUAUAAAGGAUUUACCCGCGAGGCACAGACAUUCGCCAAACUAAAAUAGUAAGGAAAACGUAAACACGUGAUACGUGUACAUUCAAUGUAGUUGCGCAUACUAAAAGUCUCUUAAGAAGCUAUUUGUAGGGUAUUAAUCAAGAGGAGAUGUAUAAACAAAUCUCGCUUAUAUUUUACAUAAACUAUGCCCGAAAAUAAUCGUUCUUUACUUAUUUGGUAGCAAAUGACGUCUUCGUCAAAUUUCAUACCUAAGGAAAAUGUAUAGUUCGGCUUUAAACUUUUCUCAAUUCUAGAAUAAUUUUGAAUAUGACUUGCCGUUACACAUACAUUUAGGGUUUUUAUAUCAGAAGUCGUAUAGUUUCCGUGCGUUGAAGAAUCAAACACUGUUGAGUUAGUCAGAAGAAGUUACAUGGGACCCGGAAACUUUCGCAGUGGAUGUGGACCAAAUAAUAUUAAUAAAUAUGAUGACACGACACUGCAUGAUUAAAUAUUUCACGAUCAGGAAAGUUCUCCUGUUUUGAAACCUUUUUAAAUCCGAAAAAUAUGCCUUCUGAAAAUAAAAAAAAUUGGGUAAAUACGUAAUUUUCUACCAAGUGUGUUAAAGAAACAAUAUUUAUUCAUAUUUUUAUAAGAUAUAUUUGAUUUUUUAAAGGCUAGGCAAAAUUCAUGAGAGAAAUUUAUGCGGACGAUAAACAUCUUACUUAAAAUCGACAUUCUAUCGUGACUGAAAUAUCCUAAUAUUAUACGUUAUCAUGCUUAAUACGACAAGUGAAGACGUCAAUGUAGACGAGAGCGUUAUAUGCACCUAUUUGUUACACGCGUUCUCUUAGUUAUAUAUACGGUAGGUAGGCUUACGCAUGAAAUGUCAAUCAAAAUUCCAAAUGCGUUUUGGCUUCGAAAAUUUUAAUUAGGUAGGGUUGUAAAAAUAGUCAGCCUGCAACAUAAUUCUAUUGUAUUAGAGUUAUCUCAGGAUGCCGGCUUUCGAAUGGACGUCCUUUCGGCUGCGUGCAAAAACUACACUCCAAAAAAGGAUUACUUAUAUAGCAUGAAUUUCUGUCGUUGAUUUUCGAUGCCUCUAAAAGUCCACUUAUAUUUCAUGGAAAACGUAAAUCGAAAUAUUUAUUUUUUCACUCAUUUGGUAUAACAUUACAUCUUUUUCCAAUUUUGUGCUCGAAAAAUGGACAUAAUUCGGUUUUAAGAAAGAUUCUUACUGUGGGACUUCUUAAUACCAUGAAAUGUUCGUUCAUAAAUCGUCAUGUCUCUGCAUUUGCCAAUGUGUCAUGUAAAGUUAACAAUUUGGAUCAAAUCCCCUACUUACUUCUAUGAGCCCUAUAUGAUCUCUCUUUAGUACUGUAGAGGAAUGUGUGGUUUUGCGUAAGCGAAAAAUAUGCGGCUUGUAGCUUGAAAACCCCGAAUCCAAGUGUAAUGGUAGACGGGCUCAAAAUUAUUCGGAAAGUGGAAACGUUAUUGAAAAGCGAACGAUACCCUUGCUGAGAGUAUACGAUUGAAAGAAGACUUCAUUACCUACCGAAUGAGAAAAGAAGGACUAUGUAGGCAGAAUGGUAUUACCGACAAAGGCAAGGGAGACUGGAAUGGCCAUUUCCGGCUUAUUAGCCGUCGUAGGCCAGCCCUACCCAAGCCCGAAGUGUGGAGUACCCGAGCCUCGAACUCGCGACCUGUUGGUUUAGAAGUCCACGCCUCUACCCACCGGGUCACGAGCCCGUUGCCCUGUCGGUUUUCGAUCGGGAAUAUACAAUGAUAGGGGGCGCUCUCCGAUCGUUUAUACGGAACUCACUCGUUCCGUUGUCCAUUAAGGGCGAAAAGAAGUUUAUUUGCCUGAAUUUUUGAAUUUUUGCUCAAACUCAUAUUCAGAAUAAGGGUGGUGGUAAUACAGUGAGUGACCGAUCUCAUGAAAUGUUGGUUGAAAUUCUGAAAUACAUUUUCGAUUAAGAAGGAUUACUGAAUUAUCUUGCGACAUAAUCUUAUAACAUUUCGGACACGUCAAGAUGUCAGCUUUAGAAUACAAUGCUUUUCAAUCUCCUGUAGAAACCGCUCUCGGUCCACAGUGACAACCUAAGUAGCAUGCAUUUUUCCCAUUGAUUGUUGAUGGCCUUGCAAAUUCAAAUAUAUUUUAUAGAAACUAUAAACAAAGAUAUGCUUUUUUUCAGUCACUUGAUGGCGAAGCACGUUUUCGUCAUAUGUUAUGCUUAAAGAAGGAGAAUAAUUUGGUUUUAAAAAGUUUCUAAUUAUGAGAUUUUUAAGACCGCGCAAUGUCCAUCCACAUAGCCUCGUACCUGGCCGUUUACUACAGCUCCUCAUGAAGUGUACAACACAGUGCGCAUCCAUUGCAAAAUUUUAUAGAUUCUGUAUGAUAUCUUUUUAAUGGCAUAGAAAAAUACGUGAUUUUCUUUAUGCGAAACGCAUCCACCUUGUAGACUGAAAUCACUAAGCGCUAAUGCAACGAAUGAGCAAGCUCCAAAUUAUUCGGCGGUUAGAAAUCCUUUUUUGAAACCUAAUUAUACUCCUUCUUUAAGCAUAAAAUUUGAAGAAGACGUGAUGCGACAUUAAGUGAAUGAAAGAAAGCAUAUCUUUGUUUAUGGUUUCUACAAGAUAUAUUUGAAUUUGGAAGACCAUCAAAAAUAAAUGGGAAAAAUGCAUGCUGCAUAAGUAGUCGCUUUGUACCGAGUACGGUUUCUACAGAAGAUUGCAAAACAGUGUAUUUAAAAGCUGACAUCCAGCUGAGUCUGAAAUGUUAAAAGAUUAUGCUGCAAGAUAAUAAGUAUUACAACCGCGAUCAAGUAAUCCUUUCUAAUCGAAAACGCAUUUCAGAAUUUCCGCCAACGUUUCAUGAGAUCGGUCACCCACUCUACAUAAACGUGUAAUACUGCAUCUCUUACGUUCCAGUUUUACUCAUCUGUCUGAUGAAGAGUGCUAGCGCCCAGCCGAGGCUUCAGAAAAAAAUAAGUUGAUAACGAUAGGGUGUAGGACCCCCAGGUAGAUGGCAAUUGCAAAAAAAUACCUUAAAAUUCACUGUAACUGUAAACAUUACUUGUUAUUCACCGUUCCCAUUGUUUGAAAUUUAUCUUCCUUCCUGACUAAAGGCAAGCCAACCAGCGCGUUUUAUUCAGAAUCCGCUAUUCUUUAAAAAAAUUGCUUAUUGUUCUCGUUUUAAUUAUCGCAUUCAUUUCUUUGUUAAAUAACAAUGCUCGAUAUGACUUUCGGCGGAGGCCACUCGUAAAACCGCCGCUACCACCAUACAUCGUAUUGCAUGGUCUACGGGCUAGUUCAAGUGAGUUGGGAGUUCUACAGCCUGUCGUUGUCCAAACUAUUUUUCCGCGGACCUCAGUUUCGAGUGCAUAAUAGAAACGUCCUAGAGCACCUAAGCCCUCAUCGCAGAAACGCAGGAAAAUUUUCAGCUAUCAAAUAAUAACUGAAUCCGCUGCCGUGUGCGUCAACUGAUAGUCUGCGCAGUUAACCUCCAGCAGGCAUGAGGGAAAGUUACUUGUUCCUUAGAUGUGCAUAGAUCGACGGCAGAUCUUGCGGGGUUUAAACUAAAAGCCCCGAGUUGGGACAUUAACCUCCUAGGUUAAUCAAUCAUAGAAAGUUAAGGACCUUAGUUUAUAUAUGUUCUCUUGAUAUGAAGGCUUUCACUGCUCUGAAGGUUGUCGACGUAAUUCAGUAAUUCUGCCUCCGCCAGAUUUUUUUGCUUCUCCAUUUCUCCUCCAAUCGUCUUUCCCUCCGCGAUUUUGCAGGCCUAACGGACCUGGAAGCAAGCUGGGCACAACUGUCCCUCCUAAGUGAGGGCAUCCGCAUGACAGAGCCCUAUCCACUGCGAGACGGACUGGGCAAUGGUUCUGCGGCAGUUGUCUGUCCCCUGAGGCGCCUUGAGGCCUUCCAACGCAGUCUCCUUAAGGCACCCCUCAGUCCUCGCUAUCCCAACUUGCUGACGCCCCCAACUCAGUCAUCACCCUUCCUAACAACCAAUGACCUGCGCCCCGCGCCCUGGGCCUUGCCGUCGCAAGACUUCAAGAAACAUCUGGAAGUCAGUGGUCUCGGCUCCCUUGAGGUGGUGGCGGUAGACCUGGCUGGACACUGUCUAAUCUCCUCAUGGGCUGGCAGAGAGGGGGGAUCGGCUUCGCCACUGUUCAGGCCGCUGCUCAACUUCACAACCUACAUUGGUAAGCAACAAUGA